CACAUGGGCGGGUGCUUCAACCCUAAAGGAUAAAUAAAACUGGGAACAGCUCUUGAGAGCAGUUUGCUGGUAAUAUCGUUGAGCGAAGAACUGAACAUCGGAGUACCUGGAUCGAUGGAGAUGAUGAUGAACGGAUCUGGGCAUACGAAAGAUUCCAACAACACCAUGGUAGUUACUCAUCCAGAGAUCUUGAGUUUUGAAAAUGUGCAAAAUGUCGUUGCACAGUCGGAAGGACCCGGUACGAAACUCAUCAGCUUUGCUAUCCAGCCGUAUUCAGAUGAGAAACUUGGGUUUCUCGCAUCGCACAAGCAACUGAAAGUCAAAUACGUGAAUUCCGAUUCCUCUGAAGAGAAAACCAAGAUUUACUUUGUGAAAGCCGUUCCUCACGAGGUCCCUACACAAGCUGAAUAUGUUUGUGAAACUAAAAUUUUCAUAAAAGAAGUGCUUUUCUUCAACUACAUAGUACCAGAACUGGAAAAAUCGUACCUAGGAGAAAGAUGGAGCCCAAAAUGCUACCUCGCCCACAACGAAGUAAUCGUGUUGGAAGACUUAGGAUCGACCGGAUUCUCUAUGCGCGAAAAAUUAUUCGACGAGGAAUCCAUAAAUGCAGCACUUGCAGCUCUAGCGAGAAUGCACGCCGCAUCCAUAGGAGCGGAAGCUCGACUUGGCAAACCUCUCAACGAACUCUUCCCCGAGGCAUUCCAAGAAACUGGUUUUCAAGAGUACGGAAAACAGUUCAUGUGGUACACAGCUGGUGUAAAAGUGGCUGUAGCCGUUGCCGAACAAUUGGGUUUAGAUCCAAGUCUAAUUCCGAAAACAUGUCAGGAGGUAUUCGAAGCUAACAAACCAUCUCGCUCUCUACAAAACGUAGUGAGCCACGCAGACCCCUGGUCAAAUAAUUUUAUGUUCAAGAACGGCAAGCCACCUCUAUGCUACGUGGUAGACUUUCAGUUGGUUAGAUACUCACCACCUGGUUACGACAUUGCCAUGCUGCUCUACCUAACUGCUUCUCAAAAGCUCCGUGAAACCCGUGGAGAAGCAAUGGUUCGUCAUUACUAUUCCGUUCUCUGCGAAACUCUAGCAAUGUACAAUCCACCGAUAGAACCUCCGUCAUUUUCGAGCAUCCUCAAAGGUAUGGAGGAACAAAAACUUGGUGCUCUAGUAACGGCGAUGAUUUAUCUGCCCACCGUGUUGCUAGAUGGUGCCCUUGGUGCUCAGGUAAUGAAUAAUCCAGUUACCUACGCCAAAUAUGUAUAUACAGAUCGAAGAGACGUUGUGUUGACAAACAUGAAACACGAUAUUAUGUAUGACACACGUAUCAAGGAAGUUGUGACUGAACUGCAUAAAUUUUCGCAACGUCUCCCCACCCUCCCCAUGCCUUGUUGAGAGCACCUUGAUUUUGAUCCAAAACCGAUUCACAAUAUUCACAACUACUUUCAAAUUUUAACUUUUAUCACUGUGUUGAGAUCAUUCAACAGAAAAUAAUUGUAAUGUAAGAUUUGUUGGCGUAGAGGGUUUUAACACGGAGUUUUAUUGGACCGUAUGUUCAGCGAAAUAAAGGAAUAAAAUGAAA